AUGCCACUCUACGGGAGGGAAAAACACCGAGAAGAUGCCCACGGAACGAAGGCAACAGCUGGACUCGCGCCAGGCCAGAGGAGCAGUAAUGAAAUGAUUAUAACGCGGCGUCAGGAUAUGCAGAUGAUCGAGCUGGCGAAAGGGGAGAGAAAGAGGGAGUUGGUGCUGCGGAUGAUGGAAGACGGCGAAGAUGAAGCGAUGAGGUUGGCUUGGGGUUGACUUGGGGUCGGGGGGAGGUUGGCAGGAGACAGAACAAACAGCCAAUGACGCCCGGUAACCACCAC